AUGCCUGGCCCUGUUAUUCUACUGGAUUCAAAGAAAGUCUUGGUCACUGGAGGCACCGGGUUCGUAGGUGCAGCCAUAGUGCGUCGGCUUGCGGAGAAGUACCCUCGUUGCUCUGUUACAGUCAUCGAUUUGAAUCCGCCUCGAACCCAUCAAAGCUGGUCCCGGAGUAUUGAAUUUUUAAAAGUUGAUGUAACCAAAGCAGACGAAGUUCUCGAAGCCUUCAAAUUGACCAAGCCAGACAUUGUCCUCCACACAGCGGGUAUUGUGCCGCCUCUUGCCGAUCGAUUUAAACGGCGCAUGGAGAGCACCGUGUGGAAGGUUAAUGUUCAGGGUACUCUGAACCUGCUUGACGCAGCCAAAAAGUAUGGUGCUCGGGCUUUCGUCUAUACGAGCAGUUGCUGCGUGACCACCGAUGACAUGAGGUUUCCAUACGCCAAUAUCAGCGAGGAAUGGCCCAGAUCGUCUACCUCACUGAUAUACGGCGAAUCCAAGGCAGCGGCAGAGGCUCAUGUCCUUGAGGCCUCCGACGAUAUGCUGGCAACCUGCUCUCUGCGGCCCUCUGUUCUUUUUGGACCGGGAGAUUAUCAGCUGAUACCCUCUAUCCACGCGUGCAUUGCUAAAAGGGAGACUCCGUUUGUGAUUGGAGACGGUUUCAAUCUCUGGGAUGUCACGCAUGUGGAUAACGUCGCAGACGCCCAUGUCCUUGCAGCCGAGAACCUGGUGACAUCACGAACGGCAGCCGGGGAAGCAUUUUUCAUUCAGAACAACGAGCCGAUCACAUUUCGAGAUUUCUGCUUGGCUAUUUGGGCACAUUUCGGUCACAUUCCGUCCUGGGAGUUUCAUAUCCCCAAAGGUCUGGCAUACUUCGCGGGGUUGGUUUGCGAAUUGGCCACUUGGGCGACAGGAUCUUCCACCACUCUAAGUCGUGGAAGUGUACAAGACGCCUGCGCGGUGCGAUAUGCCAGUGGCGACAAGGCAAAGUCAAUUUUGAAGUAUCAGCCCCUGGUAGACCUUGAGACUGGGAUUCGACUGAGCUGUCAGGAUUAUGCCGAUCGGAUAGGUGUGAAACUUCCCCCGCACCCCAUUCGGUCUUCACAACCAGCCUCCGAGCCUACUGACUAG